CCUUUUUUUAAACAAUAACUCAUAAUGCAUCGGAAAUAUAUGAUGAGAGUUAAAAUGUUUGUGACAAUUGGAUUGAUGAUAAUAAGAUCAUUAAAUUUUUUCAUUCUCAAGUGAAAACUGUUAAUAGUUAUAUUGUACCUGAUUCUCAUGAAACAACAAUUAACGAGAACCGGAUAACCAUGAAAAGAGAAAAAAAGAUUAUCCAAGAAAAGAAGAAGCUAAAAAUGAACAAUUAGAUUUAAACCGGUUUACUUAAUCCGAAUCAAGAAGAUGGAAAUACACAAUCAUCUUUGUCUCUUACUUUUAAUUCAGUUCCAAUAAUUCAAAGUCUGUGUAACAAUUAAGUUGAUCAUUUGUAUCAGUGAUUAAACAUUCACCUCACUUCAUUCAUCCAAAUAAUGGGUGUCAAGUUGAUUGUUGCAAUUGCACUGACCCUUGGGGUGGUGGUCAAGGGAGACAUGAUGAGGAAAAGCAUCGUCUUUGAUAUUAAAACACCAAAAGUUUUCUAUUGUCCCCAAGAAAAGCCCGAUGACCUCAAAAAAAUGAUCGUCAAGUCGAUACCAUUGGAUAAACUCUGUGAAUAUCAAGGCCAAAAUGUUCCCAAAAAUUCAAGGUCAGAUUGUUAUAACGACAUCGAUGAGACCGAAUAUGCUUGCGCUGAAAAACAAAGGAUUCUGUUACGUGUUAAUCCACCAAACGAUUCGGACACAACAACCGUAAUCCCCUCGCCUGAUAUGCCAGAGUACAUAAAGAUUAACAAAAAAGACACUGGAUUAGGUAAACCAGGUAAAUCUAAAAAAUACUAAUCUACAUUUUUU